ACUCGGGCCGCUUGUCCUUGUUCGCUGGUGUAAAAAUCGUUACUUUCGCGCUCUCCAUGCUCUCCCUCUCCACUAGUCGGUAGCUCUGCUUCUCUCCGUUCCAGUAUUAGGGCAAAACCCCAUCCUUCUUCCUGAAACCCUAAAAUCCCCAAACCCAGAAGAAGAAUAAAAUUAAAAAACCUAGAAAACUAGAGUUAGGGUUUCCUCUGAAAAUGGAAUCAAAUUCUAACUCUCUCAAUCACGCCCCAAAACGAAAGCGGCCCUUCUCUCCUCCCCACUCUCCCACCUCACCACCAUCCAAUGGUUACGAUCUCUCCCUCCUUGAAGCUGUCGAGCGAUCUAAUCCCUCCGCCCUAGACGUCCUCGACAUCCGGACGCUCAAGAAGCUCGUUCUCUCCUUCGAGCGGCGCCUCCGCGACAACCUUGAGGCUCGCAUGAAGUACCCUGACAACCCCGAUAAAUUCGCCGAUUCUGAAAUCGAGCUCCACGAAGAGCUUCAGAAGCUCCGGGUCCUUGCUGGCGGGCCCGACCUCUACCCUGAUCUCGUCGCCCUCAACACCGUCCCUUCAAUCCUCGGCCUCCUCUCCCACGACAAUUCUGACAUCGCCAAUGACGUCGUCGCACUCCUCCAAGACCUCACCGAUGAGGACAUCCUUGAGGACAACGACGAGCCAGCCCGUGUCCUUGUAGACUCACUGAUUGAGAACAACGCCCUCGAGCUCCUUGUACAGAACCUGGCCCGCCUGUCCGACACUGACCCUGACGAGUCCACAGCUAUCUAUAACACACUCUCCACGAUCGAGAACAUGAUCGAGGUCAAGCCUGCUGUGGCGGAGCUUGUGUGCGAGCGGACGAAGCUGCUGCGGUGGCUGCUGGGAAAGAUCAAGGUCCGGGAGUUUGACUCUAACAAGCAGUAUGCCUCGGAGAUACUGGCAAUCCUGCUGCAGAACAGCGCGGCAAAUCAGAGGCGGAUGGGGCAGAUGAAUGGCGUGGAUGUCGUGCUUCAGGCAGUUGCAAUGUACAAGUCAAGGGACCCACGGAGUGCAGAUGAGGAGGAGAUGGUGGAGAAUUUGUUUGAUUGCUUGUGCUGUUUGUUGAUGCCAGUGGAGAAUAAGGAGCGGUUUGUGAAGGCAGAAGGCGUGGAACUGAUGAUCAUUAUUAUGAAGCAGAAGAAGUCGGCAUAUGGAUCUGCAAUAAGGGCACUGGAUUUUGCGAUGACGAAGUAUCCGCCGGCAUGCGAGCGGUUUGUGGAUGUUUUGGGGUUGAAGACUGCAUUCUCAGCUUUCAUGGGUAAGAUUUCUCUGAGCAAGAAGAAUAAGAAAGAAAGCUACCAAGAGGAGUUAGAAGAGCGGAUAAUUUCACUAAUCGCAUCUUUAUUUGGUGGCCUUCUGAGGGGUUCGAGAAGGGAUCGAUUGUUAAGCAAGUUCGUGGAAAAUGAAUGUGAAAAGAUAGAUCGACUUAUGGAGCUCUAUAUGAGAUAUUCUGAUAGAGUUAGAGCAGAGACUGAGCGGCUGAAUCAACUAGAACUAGAUGACUUAGAGAUGGAAGAGGAGGAGCGUUACAAUCGAAAACUAGAAUCUGGACUCUACACUCUUCAGUUGAUUGCAGUUAUUCUUGGCCAUCUUUGGUCUUCUGAGCACCGUCGAAUGAGAGAGAGAAUUGAACUAUUACUGAGGCAGCAGAAACUGACAAAGGAGGAUGUUAAGGAUAUACUUCAGAUAUGUGGAUUCAACUUUAGUUUGUUCCAUUAUGUGAUUGAAGUCUUAGGGUUUUGCAUGUGGGUGUUGUGGAUCGAAUCAGAUAAGAUUAGGCCUAUCCCUUUCAUUUCCAGUGGAAUAUCACGAUAACAUUGGAGAUUUGGAUGGACCAGAUGAGAAGGAGCGAGCACAGGCAAAAAUCCAGAAGUUUAUUGUGGCAUUAUGAGUUUCAGAUGCUUCUUCAUGCCUGCAGAGUAUGGCAAUUUUGCAAUCGGAUUAUAUGGUCUGUGGUAGAAGAAAGCAUCGCGUGUUGCCUUGUCAGCCUUUGAAGGGGGGGGAUUGAAAAGGGAAGAUGUCCAUCAGCUGCUUCCUUUCUAAUAGUUAAUUUCUCUUCCUCUGCAUGUUUUAUUCACAGAAAGUAUGCUCAAAAUGAUUGUAUUGAUUUUGCAAAUUUUCAGCUUCUUGCAUGGUUCUAAUUUUUACCCAUAACAAUGUAAUACUCAGAAUCAGAAAUGUAUUUUAAGUGUUUUUAUGAUCCUUAUUCAUUGUUCC